GGGGAGGAGACGCGGGGCCCGGAAGGGGCGGUAUAGGCCACGGCGGGGCGGGGCGGGGCGGAGCAGCUCACAAGAAAGUGGCGGUUUACUUGAGCAGUUGCCUUAGUACCCCGAGCAGUUUGAGACUGUGGCUAGCUGCGGGCCGGUACCUGGCCACUGCUUUCUCAGCAGAGUGGGUCCCCGGGACCUCAGAAGCAGGAUUUUAAUUGGCCCGGGCGUCCCACAGCCGCUCAGCGCUUCUCCCCAUAACCGGAUGCUGAGUAUUUGGACUCUGCCUCUGACCUAGGAGUCACAGAUGCCGAGAAGUAUGGCUCCCCUCAAGAAGUCUCGAAAACCCACAAGGUUGCCCUUGGCCUUAAACCCCUUGAAGAGCAAGAACGUGUUGGCAGUGCUGGCUGAGAGGAACCAGGCUAUAGUACCAGUUGGGGUGUGGGUGGAACCUGCCUCAGCAAAUAGUUCGGAAAUCCCAGCAUUUACUUCAGCAUAUAUUAUUGAAGAAGAACUAAAGGAACAGCUAAGGAAAAAACAAGAAGCUUUGAAAUGUUUUCAGAGACAAGUCAAACGCCGAGUAAAUCAACAAAUUAGGCUGAGGAAAAAGCAACAGCUUCAGAAGUUUUAUGAAGCAGCAGAAAAAGAAGGCUCUAUAGCCAUGCAAUCUUCAGAUCCAGCAUAUUUAACUCCUAAAAGGACAAGUGUUUAUCCACACAAUUUGAAUGCUGCUAUUGGAAGUUCUAGGUUGCCCGCCUCUCAGAUGCUUGAGGAUAAAAUAGAAAAUGGAGAGAAUCAGAAUGAAUUAUUCCAACAACAAGCCCAGGCUCUUAGUCAAACUAUGAAACAGGCACGUCACCGGCUGGCAUCCUUUAAAACUGUGACUAAAGAAAAGGCAUCAGUGUUUCCAGAUGAUGGAAGGAAAAGCGUUCCCACCCAAGAGAGAGUACUUUCUAGAAAACCAGCAUCCAUCAGCAUAAAUAUAGAAAGAAGAGGAGAGUUUCCCUUUAACAUCCAUCAAGGUCUUUUAACUACUGUACAUUACCAGAAUUUUAUCAAAAUUCAGGAACUUGCCUACGAGGAAUCUUCAUCUGUUGUGACAGACGAGAAAGGGAGAGAAAAUUUGUUUGGGAGCAACCAGCAGGAUAUUCUUUCUGAAGACCAGGACAAGCCUCUCAGCAGAGUUCAGAAAAUAAAAUUCAAAAAUCCAUUUGUUAAGAUAGAAGAGGAAGAGGAAAAGCAGUUACAUCUUCAGGGCCUUAAAGAUAUUCUGCCAGAAGCCCAGGAUUAUUUUACAGAAACUCAAGGUGAUGUGCCAGAAACUGAGGGUGAUUUGACAGGAAUUCAGAGUGUUGAGCUGGAAGUUCAGAGUUUUGAGCCAGAUACUCAGGCUAUUGAGCCAGAAUGCGAGUUUGGUAAGCCAGAAGACCAGGCCAUUGAGCUAGACGGCCAGGCUAAGACAGCAACUCAGGGUUUUAUACUGAAAGCCCAGAGUUUUGAGUUAGGAGAUGGGAGUUUUGUGUUGGCAGCCCAGCAUUUUCUAUCCCCAAACCAAACUUUUCUACCCAAAGACCAGGAUAUCCUACCCAAAGACCACUGUGUUCUCCCUAAAGACCAGAGUAUUCUUCUCAAAUAUCAGAAUCAAGAUUUUCUACCUACAGACCAGGAUUUUCUAACCAGAAACAAGUGUGUUCUCCCCAAAGACCGUAAUGUUCUACUCAAAUGUCAGGACCAGGAUUUUCUACCUACAGACCAGGAUUUUCUACCCAGAAACAAGUGUGUUCCCCCCAAAGACGAUAAUGUUCUAUUCAAAUGUCAGGACCAGGAUUUUCUACCUACAGACCAGGAUUUUCUACCCAGAGACCACUGUUUUCUUCCCAAAGACCAGAACAUUCUACCCAAAUGUCAGGAUCAGGAUUUUGUACCUAAAGACCAAGAAUUUCUACCAAGAGACUCGCAUGUUCUCUCCAAAGACCAGAAUAUUCUUCUCAAAUGUCAGGACCAGGAUUUUCUCCCCAGAUACCAGAAGAUUCUACCCAAAUAUCAGGACCAGGAUUUUCUAUCCAGAGACCAGCAUGUUCUAACCAAAGAGCAAAAUAUUCUACCCAAAUGUCAAAAACAGGAUUUUCUACCAAAAGACCAGUGUGCUCUCCCCAUAGACCAGAAUAUUCUACCUAAAUUUCAAGACCAGGAUUUUCUACCCAAAGAUCAGGAAAAAUAUUUCUGGCAGCCAAAAUCUACUUUGACAGCUGAAAGAUGGAAAGAGGAGUGGCCCACAAGUACCCAACAGUACCUUUUACACAGGUUCCAAGGCCAGUCUUCCACCAGAGAUCAGUUAGACCAAAAGGAAGAAGAAAGGCAGGAAAAAGCAAAUUUGAAGCAGCCAACAUCAAUGUUGAUAGGGAGAGAGGCACUUCCUCUGGAUGUCCGUCGGGAUCUUCUAUGCAGGCAUCAUCAGGUCUCCAUGAAGGACAAGAAAGUACACUUUAAGGAGCCAUACUCUAAUAUGACAGAUGAAAAAAGGAGAGGUGACUUUUCUCUGGCGGGUUAUCAGUAUGUGACUCCUAAACCCCAGGACCAGGACCUCAUCAGAGAUCAGCAGCCCUCAUCUUUUAUGAGAGAUGAAAGAGUGAGAGAGGAAUUGCCUCUGGAAUAUCAUCAGUAUGUUAUACCUAUUAAUAAAAUCCAGGACCAAGCCUCCCCUAGAGAACAGGAAAAAUAUAUCAAACAGCCCUCAUCUUUUGAGAAAUGGGAGAUUGCAAGAGGAGUUGCUUCUCAGGUGCCAUCGGUUUAUGAUGAAUAUCAAUCAGGGUUAAGCACUGAAUUCCAAGCUCCACUAGCAUUUCAGUCUGGAGUAGAUCAAGAAGAAGAUAAGAAAGAGCGUCAAAAGCAAUAUUUGAGACAUAGACGACUUUUUAUGGAUAUUGAGAGAGAACAAGUAAAAGAACAACAAAGGCAAAAAGAACAGAAGAAGAAAAUUGAAAAAAUUAAGAAAAAGAGAGAGCAACAACGUUAUGCUGAAGAGCAGAGGAUCUUAAGAAUGAGUGUUCAUGAAGAGGAGAGUAUGAGUGAGAUAUUAGCCCAGUUACAACUUGAAGAAAUAAAAGGAGCCAGAGAAAAACAGCAACAGAGAGAAAAGGAAUACCUAAGAUAUGUAGAAGCUUUACGAGCCCAGAUCCAGGAGAAAAUGCAGCUGUAUAAUAUUACUUUACCUCCACUGUGCUGUUGUGGUCCUGAUUUUUGGGAUGCUCAUCCUGAUACCUGUGCCAACAAUUGUAUUUUCUAUAAAAACCACAGAGCAUAUACUCGGGCACUACAUUCAGUCAUCAACUCCUGUGAUACCUCUGAGGGGAACUCAACUCUUCGAAUGGCCAUUCGUAAUUUUGCUUCUGCACACAGACGGACUUUGAAAAAUCUGUAAUAAGACUCUGAAAUCAACUGGAGCCCUUCCUCGCUCAGUACUUGAGACAAGAAGCCUCGCCAGGUCGGAUGAUCUGUUGGGAGAUUCACUGGGAAUGGUUCCAAGUUGGGUAUUGCCCCUACAUGAAUAUCAUGGUGUUGAUGCUGGCCUCUGCUUGGGACUCUAGAAACUGGGUGCUGGCAUUUAAGGUACUGUCCACAUCCUGCAGGGCUCCAGGGGGUUGUGUGUGGACAGGUGCCCAUCACAAGAAGGUGAGUCAAGAGUGGUGAGGGUGCAUAGCUGAGUAAAGGGGUACCUGAGCCACAGUAUCCCUCUUUGUCACUCCCUCAACCAGCAGGAAGCAAAGAGAUGGUCCAACUUACCUACAGGAGCAAGCGAGGAAGACUCCAACAUUAAUAGGAAAUUAACAUUAAUUUCCACUGCCAUCCCGGUCUCUGAACAGGGAUAUGUGGCUGGAAUUCACAGCAAGUAACAGGGUCCAGGCAAAGACUGUUUCAGGACUGGCCCUACUCCCAGAUACUUGUUGACACAC